UCUCCGCCCUCCGCAGCGCUAGGGACCCAAGAUGGCCGCCGUGUCAGUUUGGGUCUUCGCUGCCGUCUGGCCUCGGGCGCCCGGGCUCCGCCUCUCGUAGGCCCCGGUGCACCGUCUGCCUGUCAAAUUGGGAAUAUAAAGCAGUGGAAUGAAAUGUAUUGACAUCUUUUUACUUGUGUGAUACAUUUUUUUUGUCUGGUUUCUUGGGGGGGGGGUCUACUGGAAAACAUGAAUCAGAAGUAGGAAAUACUCUUGUUUGAAAGAAACAAGAGCAAUUUGGGGCCAAAAACGUAUAUGCUAUGAUUAACUGGCCCUCUUUCUCCGAUCAUCUGUUUUCCCAUGGUGUGAAACUGCUUCAGCAUAGGGAUAAGGGAUAACGACUCUAUGGAUAUAAAUAAUUUUUCACCAUGGUAAAACUCGCUAACCCGCUGUACACUGAGUGGAUUUUGGAGGCAAUUAAAAAGGUCAAGAAGCAAAAACAGCGGCCAUCAGAAGAGAGGAUAUGCAAUGCUGUGUCUUCAUCCCAUGGUUUGGAUCGCAAAACUGUCCUGGAACAGUUGGAACUGAGUGUUAAAGAUGGGACUAUUUUAAAGGUUUCUAAUAAAGGACUUAAUUCCUACAAGGAUCCAGAUAACCCUGGGCGAAUAGCACUUCCUAAACCACGGAACCAUGGCAAGUUGGACGGUAAACCAAAUGUGGACUGGAAUAAACUGAUUAAGCGGGCAAUUGAGGGCUUGGCAGAAUCUUCUGGUUCAUCUUUGAAGAACAUUGAACGUUACCUGAAAGGGCAGAAGGACGUGUCAGCUUUGUUUGCCAGCAGUGCCCCUUCUACCUUUCACCAGCAGUUGCGGUUGGCCGUUAAGCGGGCUGUUGGCCAUGGCCGGCUCCUUAAAGAUGGACCUUUGUAUCAGCUCAACACGAAAGCAGCCACAAAUGCAGAUGGGAAAGAGAGUUGUGAAUCUCUUUCUUGUCUUCCUCCAGUUUCACUCCUUCCACACGAAAAAGAUAAGCCAGUUGCUGAACCAAUCCCAAUCUGCAGUUUCUGCCUUGGUACAAAAGAACAAAACCGAGAGAAGAAACCCGAGGAGCUCAUCUCUUGUGCCGAUUGCGGCAAUAGCGGUCAUCCAUCCUGCUUGAAGUUCUCCCCAGAAUUAACCGUUCGGGUGAAGGCCUUACGAUGGCAGUGCAUUGAGUGCAAAACCUGCAGUUCCUGUCGAGACCAGGGCAAAAAUGCCGAUAAUAUGUUAUUUUGCGACUCAUGUGAUCGGGGCUUUCAUAUGGAGUGUUGUGAUCCCCCUUUGACCAGGAUGCCAAAAGGCAUGUGGAUAUGUCAGAUAUGUCGGCCACGUAAAAAAGGAAGAAAACUACUCCAAAAGAAGGCAGCACAGAUUAAGCGGCGUUAUGCCAACCCAAUCGGUCGCCCCAAAAACAGAUUAAAGAACCAAAAUGCAACAUCAAAAGCCCCCUUCAGCAAAGUUCAGACGGGACCUGGUCGAGGUCGCAAGCGUAAGACCCCCCUAUCCAGCCAGUCCACUUGCUCGUCAGAAGGGGGCUACCUGGAGCAAGUCGAUGGUCUGGAAUUCUGCGGAGAUGCGAGCAUCACCUUGAAAUUCAACAAGAAAACCAAAGGGCUUAUUGAUGGCCUUACCAAAUUUUUCACCCCGUCCCCUGAUGGGCGUAAAGCUCGAGGAGAAGUAGUGGACUACUCUCAGCAAUAUAGGAUCAGGAGAAAGGACAAUAGGAAAUUAAGCACUUCGGAUUGGCCCACAGACAAUCAGGAUGGCUGGGAUGGAAAACAGGAAAAUGAAGAGUGGCUUCUAGGAGGCCCAGAUGUCAUGGCAGAGAAAGAUAUGGAGUUGUUCAGAGACAUUCAGGAGCAAGCACUGCAGAAAGUAGGAGUGACAGGGGCACAUGACCCCCAAGUCCGCUGUCCAUCAGUCAUUGAGUUUGGAAAAUAUGAAAUCCACACCUGGUAUUCUUCUCCAUAUCCACAAGAAUACUCCAGGUUGCCCAAGUUGUAUAUUUGUGAAUUCUGUCUCAAAUACAUGAAAAGCAGAACUAUUCUCCAGCAGCACAUGAAGAAAUGUGGUUGGUUUCAUCCCCCAGCCAAUGAAAUUUACAGAAAGAAUAAUGUUUCGGUUUUCGAGGUGGAUGGCAACGUCAGUACUAUUUACUGCCAGAACUUAUGUCUCUUGGCCAAACUCUUCCUGGACCAUAAGACUCUCUAUUACGAUGUGGAGCCAUUUCUUUUUUAUGUGCUGACGCAAAACGAUGUGAAGGGCUGUCACCUGGUUGGCUACUUCUCCAAGGAGAAGCACUGCCAGCAGAAAUACAAUGUGUCCUGUAUCAUGAUUCUUCCCCAGUACCAGCGCAAGGGCUACGGCAGAUUCCUCAUUGACUUUAGUUAUCUCCUAUCAAAACGUGAAGGCCAGGCGGGAUCCCCGGAGAAGCCACUGUCUGAUUUGGGUCGUCUUUCCUACAUGGCAUACUGGAAAAGCGUCAUCUUGGAGUGCCUUUAUCACCAAAACGACAAGCAGAUCAGCAUCAAGAAGUUAAGCAAACUGACCGGCAUCUGCCCUCAAGACAUCACGUCGACACUGCACCACCUGCGCAUGCUGGAUUUCCGUAAUGAUCAAUUUGUAAUUGUUCGGCGGGAAAAACUUAUCCAAGACCACAUGGCAAAGCUGAAACUGAACAUCCGGCCUGUAGUUGUAGACCCAGAAUGUCUGCGCUGGACCCCGGUCAUCGUCUCAAACUCGGUGGUUUCAGAGGAUGAAGAUGAUGACCCCGAAGAAGCAGAAAUCGAUGUCCCACAGCAGUCGCGGGAGAGAGACAUUGAGGUGAUAAAGUGUGUCUCCUGGGAGAGGAAAGAGCGAGAAUCCUGCUUUCCGCUGGAGAGUGAAAAAAAGUCAGAGGUCCUCCCGGUCAACGCCCUGCGAGCCGGCAAGCAAAGUCUUCCCCUGAGCGGUCUUCCUGCCAACAGCCACACGCCGCGCAGGGGCCGGUGGAGCCGCAAGAACAAAAAGCUGCGGGAAUCCUGCACCGAGAAGGACCCGAAACUGAUCUUGGAGGAGAAGUCGGCAAUGGCCAGGGGAGGUCGCUGUGGGGAGUGCCAGGAAAAGGCGGCGGCAGCGGCGGCGGCAGCAGCGGCGGCUUCUCGAGGGCGAUUUGGGGAGAGCGAAGAGAAGACGGCCUCCUCCCAGGGGCAGUGUGGCAAAUGUGAGGAGAAGAGCCCGACUCGGCGAGGGCACUAUGGCAAAGAGGAAGAAAAGCCAGCCUCCUCCCAAGGGCCAUUUGGCAAGGGCGAGAAGCCCUCCGCCGCCCAGAGGCGAUGCAGCGAAGGCACGGAGAUCUGGAAAGGGCAACUGAAAGCCCUGGAGCCCCUGAAAAGCCGGCUCUCUGAGCAGUGUGACAGGAUAGCCCGGAGACACAGCGAGGGCGACCGCACGGUGCUGAGGCAUUUCAGUGAGAGCAGUGAAGACGAAGACGAGGAGCCCGCCAGCCCCUGCUCCAGUUCCCCACCGGUUCUCACGAAGCCAGCCCUGAAGCGGAAGAAGCCGAUUCCCCGGAAGAGACGGGUCCGCAAGCGAAAAUACCACAACAGCAGCGUAGUUACCGAAACGAUCUCAGAAACAACAGAGGUCCUGGACGAGCCAUUUGAGGACUCUGACUCCGAGAGGCCCAUGCCUCAACUGGAGCCCACCUUUGAAAUGGAAGAGGAGGAGGAAGAGGAGGAGGAGGAGGAGGAGGAAGAAGAAGAAGAAGAGGAAGAGGAAGAGGAGGAAGAAAGCGAAUUGUUCUCCCGAGGAUAUCUUCGCCGUCUCUCUCCACAGGAUUCCCUUAGGCAUAGGCCCUCCUUAAAGCGAGGAAAUCAAGAAGGAGAGGAAUCGGAUGACACGGCUGAUUCUCCUACUUUGAAACCCGUUUCUUUGCUGAGAAAAUGUGAGUCGCUCGAUUCUCCGCUCCAGCCUGGCACUUCUACCCCCAUGAAAAAGAAGAAAGGCUGGCCCAAGGGCAAGAGCCGCAAGCCCAUCCACUGGAAGAAAAGGCCCGGGCGCAAGCCAGGCUUUCAACUGAGGAGGGGAAAAGUUCGAACCCCUACUUCAGAGGAGACCACAGAUCUCAUGGAAGCCAGUUGCAAAUCAGGGCGUAAAACAAAAAUGCAGGACGAGGAAGAGCUGGUUGAGGAGAAGGAAGAACUUCUGCCUAGUGCUGAAGAAAGGAAAGAUGAAGAUGGGCCUCCGGAAGUAGGUGAUUUAGGAGAAGAGGAAGACAUGCCUGCUAGAGAAGUGAGGGCGACCUCUCCCGUAGACAGCAGUAACAGUCCAGAGAUGGAAUCUAAAGAACCUGAACUGGAGGAAGAAGGGGAGAAGCCCCCAGUCCUAGAAGACCAGAGGCCGCCGUCUGAAGAAGAGCAGCAGGAAGUUGAAGAACCCGAGCAUGACCAGGAAGAGGAAGAAGAGGAAGUUGCAGCGGUAGCUAACCAGAACGAAGAUCACGAUGCAGAUGACGAAGAAGACGAUGGCCACAUGGAGUCCAUCCAAAAGAAUGAGCUGGAAGAGCAGGCCGAGAAGGAGGCCCUGAAGGAAGAACCCGAAGAAGUCCAGGAGCCUUUUUUAGAAACAAGCACACAGGACGAUAGAGACGAUGACGCCAAGAACAAGAGUGAAGGAGAGGCAGAUUCUGAGGAGGAUCAAGGGUCCCACGAGACAUCAGUCGGGUCAGAGCUGGUUCCUGGAUCCGAAGAUGACCAAGAGGAGGAGCAGCAUCCUAAGGAAGGACUGAUUGAGCUGAAGGAAGAGGAGCCGGUCCCCCACAGUGAACUCGAUCUCGAAACUGUCCAAGCUGUGCAGUCCUUGACGCAAGAGGAAGAAAACCACGAGCACGACGUGGCUUACCAGGACUGCGAGGAGACCCUGGCGGCUUGCCAGAACCUGCAGAGCUACACCCAGGCCGAAGAGGACCCGCAGAUGCCGAUGGUGGAAGACUGCCAGGCCUCGGAACACAACAGCCCCAUCUCCUCUGUCCAGUCUCACCCCAGUCAGUCCGUGCGCUCCGUCAGCAGCCCCAGCGUGCCUGGCACGCUGGAGAGCAGUUACACCCAGAUCAGCCCCGAGCAAGGCUCUCUUUCCGCACCUUCUAUGCAGAACAUGGAGACCAGCCCCAUGAUGGAUGUGCCUUCGGUGUCAGACCACUCCCAGCAGGUGGUGGACAGUGGCUUCAGCGAUCUCGGCAGCAUCGAGAGCACCACCGAGAACUACGAGAAUCCCAGCAGCUACGACUCCACCAUGGGGGGCAGCAUCUGCGGCAACAACUCCGCGCAGAGCAGCUGCUCCUACGGAGGCCUCUCCUCCUCCAGCAGCCUCACCCAGAACAGCUGCGUUGUCACCCAGCAAAUGGCCAGCAUGGGCAGCAGUUGCAGCCUCAUGCCGCAAGGCAGCGUCCAGCCAACCGCCAACUGCAAUAUCAAGUCCCCCCAGAGUUGCGUGGUUGAGAGACCCCCGAGUAACCAGCAACCCACGGCGCAGCCUCCACAGCCCCAGGCCCAGCAGCCCCAGCCACCGCCUCCGGCCCAGCAACAGCAGCAGCAGCAGCCUCCGCCGCCCCAGCAGCAGCCAUCGUUGUCGCAGUGUAGCAUGAACAACAGUUUCACUCCAGCGCCGAUGAUCAUGGAAAUCCCAGAAUCUGGCAGCACCGGCAACAUCAGCAUCUACGAGAGGCUCCCUGGCGAUUUCGGGGCCGGCGGAUACUCCCAGCCCACGGCCACCUUCAGCUUAGCCAAGUUGCAGCAAUUGACCAACACGAUUAUGGACCCCCACGCCAUGCCUUACAGCCAUUCUUCUGCUGUGACUUCCUAUGCAACCAGUGUGUCUUUGUCGAACACGGGCCUUGCGCAGCUGGCCCCGUCACACCCUCUGGCCGGGGCGGCCCAAGCACAAGCCACCAUGACUCCCCCGCCCAAUUUGGCCUCCACCACCAUGAACCUUACUUCUCCCCUGCUCCAGUGUAACAUGUCCACCACCAACAUUGGCAUCCCCCACACUCAGCGGCUCCAAGGCCAGAUGCCGGUCAAGGGGCACAUUUCCAUCCGGUCGAAAUCGGCCCCCUUGCCCUCGGCGGCUGCCCACCAGCAGCAGCUCUACGGCCGCAGCCCUCCCGCCGUGGCCAUGCAGGCCAGCCCCCGGGCGUUGGCCGUUCAGCGUGGCAUGAAUAUGGGGGUGAAUCUGAUGCCUACGGCCCCUUACAACGUCAACUCCAUGAAUAUGAACACGCUGAACGCCAUGAACAGCUACCGGAUGCCCCAGCCCAUGAUGAACAGCAGUUACCAUAGCAACCCUGCCUACAUGAACCAGACGGCCCAGUAUCCUAUGCAGAUGCAGAUGGGGAUGAUGGGGAGCCAGGCCUAUCCCCAGCAGCCUAUGCAGCCCAACCCCCACGGGAACAUGAUGUACACGGGCCCUUCGCAUCACAGCUACAUGAACGCUGCUGGGGUCCCCAAGCAAUCGCUCAACGGGCCCUACAUGAGGAGAUGAGCAAGACGGUGUGUCCCUCCCCCAGCCCUCCCCCCAAAACGUCUCUCGCUCAAUCAAGGAAACUUUUAUACUGACAAAGCAGAGACAAUGGACCUUUUUUCCAGUUAAAUAUUGCUGUAGAUCUUAGAUAGGGUUUUGUUCCCUUUUGGUUUAUUUUAAUUUUAUUUUUUUAGGAGGCCUGGUCUUUUUUUCUUCUUUUCUUCGCUGGGAGGGAGGGGUUGGUUCUCUGGUUUGGGGGAUCUUGGUUUUUUUUUUUUUUGUUUUUAUUUUUGUUUUCUUUCCCCUUCCACAAUCUGGAAACGCUUCACCAUUCAAAUCCAUUUUGGGAACUGGGCUUUGGGAUUCUUUUUUUCCUCUUUUUUUGUCAUUUGGGGAGAAAGGGGAUGGAAAACGUGCACACGAUAUUCCCGUCGUUGAACCAAGAGCCUUACUUUGCCAGAGCCACCUGGGCAGAGUCCGUGGCCUCUUGCUUUGAGGCCCCAGAGUCUUUUUCUCCCCUGGACCCUUGUGCACAGCUCUUCAAAUGGCCCAAUCCUGAAAGGUCAGAUCCUUCCCAUCUUCUGUGCCCUCUGGCUCUGUGGCAGGCCCUGGGCGUGGUGCACGGAGCCCAGAGCAAACGUUCGGAGCCUUCUUUGCCAUUUCCCCCAAAUAUAGGAACUCUGAAUAGUUGAUAUUUUGUUUUCUCUCCCCUUCUCCUCCUAUCUCUUCUUCUCUCUCCUCUCCUCUCCUCCUCUCCUCUCCUCUUCUCUCUCCUCUCCUCUCCUCUCCUCUCCCCUUCUCCUAUCUCCCCUCCCUCCCUCCCUCCUUGGGUGAACUGAAAAACGGUUUAAAUGUAACUAAAGUGCACCCAUUGCAUAUAUCCAAGUAGGAACUAUGUAGUCUAGUCCAGCCGAGUCCAGCCAAAAAUAGGGGUGGGUGGGAGAAACAGAGUUCUGGAGGUGAGCCCCCAAACCCAAUGGCUGGACUUUGCAUUGUGAAUCUGCUGGAGGAUCCAGUUCCUAGAGGCACUUGUGCAAGGCUGUCCCGCCCCUGGAAGUUGGGAUGUACAUUUAAAUGGCUGUCGCAGUCGCUUCACAUAUGUAUUUUUUUUUAAAAAAAUUUGCUGGCCUGGCGCUAGCAUGUGUGGGGAGCGAGUAUUCACAUAGGACUUCCUCCUCCUGAUAACAGCCCCCCCCCCUUUUAUCCCCUUUGCCUCCCAUCAUCUUUGGAGGUUCACUAGGCGGAGUUUUUCCACAUUGCCUUUUGUGUGAGAGCCUUUGGGGGGGGGACAGGAGGAUCCCCGCAUUGCAGUCCACCCUACCGAACUGCGAAGGACGCAAGGCCCGUGGGCACGCCAUCCACCGAUUACGAGGAGGAGAAAAUGUAGCUUAUCCUUCUGAUGUAAAGUUUUCUCUGUAUAUUCCUGUAGAGCUACAGACGCACUUAGAUUGACUUAGAUGUGUAAAGACUUUUUUGUUUUGCUUCUCAAAGCAACCUGAAAGGCAGUUUGGAGGGGGCCAGAGCUUCAGCUGCACUCAGUGGACUUCCCUCUCUCUGCGUGAGGAUAGAAAGGCAGAAUCCCUUGGGCUUCCAGCCCUCGUUUUCUCUGAGUUCUUGAGCAUGUGUACAAGGCUGUGUAGGACCCAGGACCCUGUAAAUAUCCACCGAUCCAGGCUCACUUCAUCUGUGUUGAAAGGUGACCCAGCCUGUCCCCUUCUGCCCAGGUCAUCUGCGCCGGCUGGCUGGCCUCGCUUCCCGGUGGCAGAUGGCCGUAGGGGCCGGUUGGUUGGUUGGUUGGGGUGUCGAAAGCAAAGCUGUUGGCACGAGGGCCGUAAAAUAUAUAUAUAUAUAUUUUCCGUCUGCUGUUACCUUUUUCCCUCCCAGUUUUGGAUUUUUCUAUUUUUUUUUUUUUUAAAUCAAUUGGGCAGCUCCCUUUUUUCCACAAAUCUUUGUGACUGUAGAGCUAUUGUAGAUGAACCGGUGUUCUUUUCUAUAUUAUUAUUAAGAAAAAGAAAAAGUAUCCAACACAGUAAUAUUGGUACCUGUCAUUUUUUUUUCCACUUCUGUUUAAGAAAAAAAAAAGAAAGAAAAUAAUAAUGUAUUUUUAGCAAAAUAAACUUGGGUAAUCUUCUAAAAGAAAUUUUAAAAAAAAGAAAAACUCACUGUUAGUGACUUUGAUGCCUUUUAAAAAAAAGAGCUUUUUUCAUUUCAUUCCAUCUUUAAAAUUUUUUAUCUUUGUUGUAGAAUAUUAAAGACUAUUUUAAGAAAGAUGAAAAUUCUCUUUAAAGAGAUCUCUAGAAUGUGUGACUAGAGUUCCAGAUGCCUCUAAAGCCGCAUGUACAAAAUGAAGCCGCGUCUAUUCCUGUCUGUUUAUAUUUGCUUUUCCUGUUUUGUAACUUCUUUGUACUUUGUUCUUGGUGACUUGUAAGCUUCAGAAGGGGAAGGGGUGCCUGGAUGAUAACCCUUUGUAAUUCUCCAUGUCAUGAGCUCCUGGGCCGGCCGGCCUCUCUUCCUCUCCUUCUAUGUAAUAUCACUUUUUCCCUCCCCUCUUUCUAGCAAGUACUUUCAAAAGAACUCUGUACAUUUUAACAUAAAAAAAAAUAAAUUAUGUUGAGCCAUUUU